AUGGAAGCUCUGAGUGGAUCCUAUUCUGGUUGGAGCCCCAGGAUUGAAAUCUCAGGUGACGUGAAGGAGAAGAACUCUGUCACCGUAACGUGCUCAGCUCUCACUCCCUGUCCAUAUUCACCUCCUGGACUCACCUUGAACCUCCAGCCAAACCCUCACAGACAGAUGGAGAGGAACACAGAUGGAACGUUUACAACUACAAUCCAGCAGAAAAUCACUCUGUCAGACUCAAAUGAUGUUUCCAACAUCACCUGCUCUGCCAGAUAUCCUGUGAAUGGAGGAAAACACAAGACAGCAAAUACAGAAGUGACUCUCAGUGUUUCCUAUGCUCCUAAAAGCACCUCAGCAUUUAACUGGGUGGAGCUGAACUGCUCCAGCAGAGCCAGUCCUCCCAUCAGCUGCAUCACCUGGUCCAAGAACAGCACUUAUAAAGCCAUGAUAGUAGCUGAAGGAGACGUCAGAUUAACCGUCUAUGAGGGAGAAGUCGACUUCUCUGAUAGACAGUUUCAGGAUCGUAUCUGUAUUGGAGUAAAGAUCCUGGGUCUUGUGAUUCUCUGCUGUUUGACGAUCAUCGUAGAGUGUCGAACUAGAUCAGUUUUCACCAACAAACAACAGAAGGACACAGAAGAAGCAGAUGACGACAACAGAGUGACUGAGAUCUGAGCUUCAUGAGACCAGGAGAGACGACCCGUUCACUGUUCACACACCCGUACUUACUACAUUCUGAUCUCUGUUUACAUUGCACAGCUGUUCUCACUUUCAGAAGUCUUUAUUAUUUCCUACACACAGGUCUAAUCCUAAUAUUGGUCUACAUAUUUAAAAUCUGAGUUCAACUGAAAUGUUUGAGAGUCAAUUAGAAAUAUUUCCUCAUUAUAUUCUAGCUGUCAGACUCAAAGUGUCUCAGUCUGUGGUGUUUAUGUGAAAUAUUAAAUGUUUUAGGAAGAUGAGGUCACAGAAUGUUUUUCUUUUAUAGCUAAAACUUAGCAGCAAUAAAUGAGCAGGGAAUAUUUUGCAUAUUACCUGUUGCAUGUAGAGCACAGCUGGGCUAACCUCGUUAAACAUACGAUUCUAACAGCUCACUGUCGGAAUGUACAGUCCCACAUUGUUUAAUGUAAGAUCUUAGCUUUUCUACUCCAUUUGUAUUCCGUGCUUUAAUAAACUCUCAAUUUGGCAUGAAAA